CUCCAGCUCCCGGGCGGCUCCGGCGGCGGCUCGGGUCCCGGACACUCCCCGGAGCCGGCCGAGGUCGCGGGAGGACGGUGGGCUGGACGGGGACGGGGACGAAGAGUGUGACCUAAGACCGCCGCCCGAGGAAAACAGCUUCCUUUGAAAUGGUAAAAUAAUGAAGUGAGGAAUGUGAACAUUUUAUCUUUGGAUUGGAGUCUUCUGAGAAUGAAAAGAGCGAUUAACCCAAGCCAUGCGGUAAAAUCAGGAAUUUGAAGGAAAUAGAAAUGUUUACAUUUUUCUUGCCGUGUAUUUUUCUACCCCUCGUAAGAGGGCACAGUCUCUUCACCUGCGAACCAAUUACUGUUCCCAGAUGUAUGAAAAUGGCCUACAACAUGACAUUUUUCCCUAAUCUGAUGGGUCAUUAUGACCAGGAUAUUGCUGCUUUGGAAAUUGAGCAUUUUCUUCCUCUUGCAAAUCUGGAAUGUUCACCAAAUGUUGAAACUUUUCUUUGCAAAGCUUUUGUACCAACCUGCACAGAGCAAAUUCAUGUAGUUCCACCUUGUCGUAAAUUUUGUGAGAAAGUAUAUUCUGAUUGCAAAAAAUUAAUUGACACUUUUGGGAUCCGAUGGCCUGAGGAACUUGAAUGUGACAGAUUACAAUACUGUGAUGAGACUGUUCCUGUAACUUUUGAUCCACACACAGAGUUUGUUGGUCCUCAGAAGAAAACAGAACAAGUCCAAAGAGAUAUUGGAUUUUGGUGUCCAAGGCAUCUUAAGACUUCCGGGGGACAAGGCUAUAAGUUUCUGGGAAUUGAACAGUGUGCACCUCCAUGCCCCAACAUGUAUUUUAAAAGUGAUGAGCUAGAGUUUGCAAAAAGUUUUAUUGGAAUAGUUUCAAUAUUUUGUCUUUGUGCAACUCUGUUCACAUUUCUUACUUUUUUAAUUGAUGUUAAAAGAUUCAGAUACCCAGAGAGACCAAUUAUAUAUUACUCUGUCUGUUAUAGCAUUGUAUCGCUUAUGUACUUUAUCGGAUUUUUGCUAGGCAAUCGCACAGCCUGCAAUAAAGCAGAUGAGAAGCUAGAACUUGGUGACACAGUUGUUCUAGGCUCUCAAAAUAAGGCUUGCACUAUUCUGUUUAUGUUUUUGUAUUUUUUCACAAUGGCCGGCACUGUGUGGUGGGUGAUUCUUACCAUUACUUGGUUCUUAGCUGCAGGAAGAAAAUGGAGUUGUGAGGCCAUUGAACAAAAAGCAGUGUGGUUUCAUGCUGUCGCAUGGGGAAUACCAGGUUUUCUGACUGUUAUGCUUCUUGCCAUGAACAAAGUUGAAGGAGACAAUAUUAGUGGAGUUUGCUUUGUUGGCCUUUAUGACCUGGAUGCUUCUCGCUACUUUGUACUCUUGCCACUGUGCCUUUGUGUGUUUGUUGGGCUAUCUCUUCUUUUAGCUGGCAUUAUUUCCUUAAAUCAUGUUCGACAAGUUAUACAACAUGAUGGCCGGAACCAAGAGAAACUAAAGAAAUUUAUGAUUCGAAUUGGAGUCUUCAGUGGCCUAUAUCUUGUGCCAUUGGUGACACUUCUUGGAUGUUACGUCUAUGAGCAAGUCAACAGGAUUACUUGGGAGAUAACGUGGGUCUCUGAUCAUUGUCAUCAGUACCAUAUCCCAUGUCCUUAUCAGGCAAAGACCAAAGCUCGACCAGAAUUGGCUUUAUUUAUGAUAAAAUACCUGAUGACAUUAAUUGUUGGCAUCUCUGCUGUCUUCUGGGUUGGAAGCAAAAAGACAUGCACAGAAUGGGCUGGAUUUUUUAAACGAAAUCGCACAAGAGAUCCAAUCAGUGAAAGUCGAAGAGUACUGCAGGAGUCAUGCGAGUUUUUCUUAAAGCACAAUUCUAAAGUAAAACACAAAAAGAAGCACUACAAACCAAGUUCACAUAAGUUGAAAGUCAUUUCCAAAUCCAUGGGAACCAGCACAGGAGCCACAGCAAAUCAUGGCACUUCUGCAGUAGCAAUCACUAACCAUGAUUACUUAGGACAAGAAACUCUGACAGAAGUCCAAACCUCGCCAGAAACAUCAGUGAGAGAGGUGAGAACAGACGGAGCAAGCACCCCCAGAUUAAGAGAACAGGACUGUGGUGAACCUGCCUCCCCCACAGCGUCCACCUCCAAACUCUCUGGGGAACAGGCUGACAGGAAAGGCCAGGCAGGAGGUGUGAACAAGAGCGGCGUAUCUGAAAGUGUGCAGAGCGAAGGAAGGAUAAGUCCAAAGAGUGAUAUUACUGAAACUGGCCCAGUGCAGAACAACAAUUUGCAGGUCCCCAGUUCUUCAGAGCCAAGCAGCCUCAAAGGUUCCACAUCUCUGCUUGUUCACUCGGUUUCAGGAGUUAGAAAAGAACAGGGUGCUGGCAGUCAUUCAUAUACUUGAAAAACAUUUUAUCCUGUUACUCAGAAGUGAAUUCAUGUUACACUGGAGGUGAGCAACCAAUGCACUGUCUUGUAAGAAUCACUGUUAUGUUCUUUUUUUGCACUUAAGGCUGCAUUGUCUACUGUUAAUACUGGAGAAAAUAGAUUUCAAGAAUAAUACUAUUCAUUUCACACAAAGAUUAAUGACAACAAUAUACCUGAAAAACAGAACCAUGUGGGUUAAUAAUAUUUUUAAAAUUGUGUGGGAGGAGAGAGAGGAAUCUUCUUUAUUUAUGAAGAUUCUGCUCUCGUUAAAAGCAUUUUAAGA